AUGAAAGCACGCAUCCCAGAACUGUCAUUGCCAUUAAGUGUUGCUCAAUUCAAACUUGGACAGUCUAACCCAACAUACUACGUCUCUGAUGCCUCUUCAAAGAAAUACGUCGUAAGAAGACGUCCACCGGGAAAUCUUCUGUCACAAACUGCACAUCGUGUGGACCGAGAGUUUAAGGUCAUUGAUGCUCUGUACAAGCAUACGAAGGUGCCUGUGCCGAAAGUAUACUUUCUGUGUAUGGAUAAGAGUAUUCUUGGGACUGAAUUCUAUGUCAUGGAAUUCAAAGAAGGCCGUGUUUACCCAGACGCCUUAUUACCUGACCUCUCAUUUGACCAGCGUCGAGCCCACUACCACGGAAUCUGUGACGUCCUCGCGGCACUUCAUAAAGUAGACGUCGAUGCAGUCGGUCUAGGACAAUAUGCAAAGAGAUCGGGCUUUUACGAAAGACAGAUAAACAUGUGGAAGGGUUUAUCGUCUGUCCAGGGAGCAACUAAGGACGUUGAGACCGGAGUUCCUGUUGGAAUGUUGCCCAGAUUUGACGAUAUGCUAGCGUGGUUUCAAAAGAAUCUGAUAAAGGAUGAGAAUUGUUUGAUUCAUGGAGAUGCCAAGUCUGAUAAUUUGUUGGGUCAUCCACUAUCGGAUGUAGCAAACACCUUCCUGAACUGGUACCUCCCACAAAGCCUAGGAGGCUACCUAGACCUUCCGAGACCACUUCCUGUUCCCGAAGCGGACGAGUUGAUUGAAUACUAUUGCAAGCAAGUCGGGCGUCCGUUCCCCAUACCGGGCUUCUCGUUUGCUGUAGCAUUUGCUAUAUUCAGAUUGGGAGUAGUCUUCCAAGGAAUAGCAGCUAGGACUGCCCUGCGACAAAAUUCUUCAGCCAACAAUGCGGCCGGCUUAAUGUUGCCUGUAGCCAACUUGAUCUUGGAGAUUGUAGACACUGGUAAACUGCCUAGUGGGCAAAAACAGACAACAACACCUAAACUUUGA